CUCUAGACUUUGAUAAACUAAUUGAAAGUUCAACAUUUGCAGAACUAACUUCAACAUUUGCUUCUUGUAAAUCUGCAACAAGGCAAACUACCAUUUGAGAGUAAAGAAAAAGAUAUUGAAAGCUGGUUGAAUGGAAAAAGGAGAAAAAUCAUUGCUACUAUUAGAGGAACAAAAAACAAGAAUCACGAAUCUUAUUGAUGAUUUCUUGAAUGGCUUGAAGCAAAUAAUGAACAAAGAAGAAGAAUUCAUUGCUUCAAGAUUGGAUGGUAUUGAAAAGCUAAGAAUGGAUCUAAGAUUCCUUAGAACAUUUGUCUUGUUUGGGAAUUCGACGAAUUUGAAUGGCUUUUAUUUCAGGAUGAGUACUCAUAAAUUCAAAUUCAAUGUACGUACUCAGUUCCUUUUCCAUAGAGAUGAGUUAAUCCUAGAGAAAUACCACAUGGAACGUCUUGCCCCUCUGCUGCUUGAAGAGAUAGGAAAUUGUUUGAAUUUGAAGAAUGAUUAUGUAGCCACGGCGAUAGACAUAAAAUUCUAUGAAUACCUCAUCAGACAUCUCCAUGAUCUACCAAAGUACCGUUCUCAAUUGCUUCACCACCAGAUGACUGAAUACAAGAUUCUUCAGCAAGUAUGCAGACAUCUGAUAGAUUUCUAUCCUAUCCUCGCGGCCAACAAAACAAGUACUGAAUAUCUAUAUCCUCGCUUCCAAUUUACUACUCAUAGAGUAACACAAUUCUGUUUUGAUCUUUGGACUGGACAUCAUUAUGUCUCUGAAUGCUCUUCCAAGAUCACUUCUCUACUCAUCGACAUAAUCCCUCUUGAGUUGGAGGUUCUAUACAUUUCUACUUGUAAGCUCAUCAAAGAAUCAACGUCAAAAGAACUAGAAGGAUUUGUUAAGCAAAUCCUAAAAACAUCUCCAAGGAUUCUUCAACAUUAUCUCAUUCAUCUCCAAGGACGCAUGGCCGGUGUAGUAGCCGUCAAUUAUGCUCCAACUCGAAGCAUUAGUGUCAUGAUGGAGUUCCUAUUGAUCUUUCUCACUGAUAUGCCAAAGCGGUUUAUCCAUCGUGAAAAAUUGAACGAUAUGUUGGCACAUGCUGGAAUGCUUACCAGAAAAAUAUCUUUUCUGGUGAGCAAGCUGUUGGAGGAGAUCUCUGAGGAUAAUAUCAAUGAAGCGGACUUUUCAGCUCCGGACUUUUUGCAAGAAAUUGAACAAAUGAAGGGAGAUAUCAGACACAUUUUUUUAAAAGCUCCUGAGUCAUCUCAACUUCGGUUUCCUAUGGAUGAUGGUUUCCUCUUCAUGAAUCUUCUACUCAGACAUUUAAAUGAUUUACUCAUUUCCAAUGCUUAUUCAGUUUUUCUCAUAAAAAAAGAAAUUGGGAUGGUGAAAGAAAGCCUUGAAUUCCUAAUAUCAUCUUUCAGGAAAGUCAGGAAAACAUUGGAUGAGAGUACUAGUGGAGUAGUUAAAGAUUGUUGGGUGCGUGCUUUGGAUGUGGCAUAUGAGGCAGAACAUGUCAUUAAUUCCAUUCUUGUCAGAGAUAAAGCUCUCUCGCAUCUCCUCUUCUCACUUCCGAGUGUCACUGAUAAGAUCAAACUUAUCGUGGAACAAGUCACCAGGUUUCAGCUGGAGGAUAAGAAUGGGGAUGGCCCCCUUGAUGCAAAGUCUUCCUCCCAGCCAACUCAGUCAACUUCAUCACCUUUUGUUGAGGUAACAGUAGGUCAUGAGAAAGAAGAAUCCCAGAUCAUUGACCAGCUCCUUGAUGAACAUGAAUCUGAGCUUGAUGUCAUUUCCAUUGUCGGAAUGCCAGGACUCGGUAAAACUACUCUGGCCAACAAAGUGUAUAAAAAUACAUUAGUUGCUAGUCAUUUCCAUGUCCGUGCUUGGUGCACUGUUUCCCAAAAGUAUAACAAGUCAAAGGUGUUGCUGGAGAUUCUUCAGCAAGUUACUGCCUCUGAAGAAGAAAAAAAAGUGGAUGACCUGGCUGAAAAGCUACGAACAGCACUACUCGAUAAAAGGUAUCUCAUCGUCUUGGAUGAUGUGUGGGAUAUUGCAACUGGGGAGAUGUUAAUAGCCUGUUUUCCUAAGGUUAAGAGAGGAAAUAGAGUUAUUUUAACUAGCCGAAGUAGUGAGGUAGGUUUGAAAGUUAAAUGCCGUAGUGAUCCUCUCAACCUUGAACUUUUAACACCUGAAGAAAGUUGGGAUUUAUUCGAAAAAAGGGUAUUUGGAGAUGAAGGAAGCUGCCCUGCUGAACUGUCAAAAGUUGGACACCAAAUAGUUGAGAAAUGUAAGGGUCUUCCCUUGGCUAUUGUUUUGAUUGCUGGAGUAAUUGUUAGAGGGAAGAAAAAGGAAAAGGAUUUUUGGCUUAAGAUACUACAUAAUCUGGAUUCCUUUAUUUCUACCAACAUCAAUUUGGUUAUGCAAUUAAGUUAUGACCAUUUACCAUGCCACCUGAAGCCGUUGCUGCUUUACUUUGCAACAACUCAAAAGAGCCAACGAACUCCAGUCUCUACAUUGAUGCAGUUGUGGAUGGCCGAAGGGUUUGUGGAUCAUGAUAGUUUAGAGGAAGUAACUCAAAGUUACUUGGAUGCUCUAAUUUCCAGUAGCCUGAUAAUGGUGGAUCAUAUCCCCUCCGAGAGUAUUUGGUGGAUGCCUUCAAUGAUCAAGGUUUGCUAUGUGCAUGAUGUUGUGCACGAUUUUUGUUCAGAAAAAGCCAAAAAGCAGAAGUUUCUCAAGUUAAUCAAUUCAGGUGAUACAUUUCAUGCUUCAGAUUUCCUACACCAUCGUCUAACCAUUCAUACUGACAACAGGAAACUCCACAAAAAAUGUGCUUUAUUCAAUUCUAAUAAGUGCUUAGCUGUUAGUAAGCAUCUCAUAUCUUUAAAAGUGAGUGGUCCACUUGAUGACUUCAGAUAUAUCUGUCACACAAGACCCUUUGGACUUGUUAGAGUGUUGCAACUGGAUUUCAUUGUUCUGAAAGGUUCUUUAAUUGAAGAAAUAGGGUCCUUAUUUCAUUUGAGGUUCUUAAGCAUUCAUGCUUUGGGAAAAGCUAUCCCAGUAUCGUGGUUGAACCUCCAGAAUCUGGAAACUCUGUUCAUCAAUAUACAUUAUUCCACCAUGGUAUUACUGCCUAGAAUAUUGCAACUGUCAAAGCUGAAACAUGUGAAAAUUAACGUAUGUUCUUUCUUUGAAGAGAAAGAGGAUAUCCAAAGUAGAAUAUUGGAAUCUGGGAAUUCUUCAAACUUGACAACUCUAUCCGGAGUUGUUAUCUCAUAUUCUGAAGGCAUGAGUGAUGAUGCUCUGGAGAAGUUCCCAAUUCUUCAGCACCUUGAUUGCAUCAUCAUGGAAUCGCAGUAUCCUCCUACACACGACUAUUGGUUUCCCAAGCUUGAUGUACUUAAUAAACUCGAAUCAUUCAUAGCAAGACACAAGCGCAAUGAAUAUCCCUCGUUAAUCCGACAACCCAAUGGAUAUCACUUCCCUACAAGCUUGAAAGAGUUACGGUUGUCUGGUUUUCUCCUGAGACCUGAUUUGUUGUCAGCAAUCGCAGCAUUGCCUAAGCUUGAUAUUACUGAGUUAAACCACUGUAAUUUCGUGGAUAACAAAUGGGACGCAAGUGAGGACAUCUAUCUAAGUCUUAAGACUUUGAUUUUGCGAGAUGUCCAAUUAUCAGAAUGGCAAGUUGAGAGCGAUACUUUUCCCAAGCUUGAGAAAUUAAUACUAAAACUUUGUGCACUUUGCGAGAUCCCUUGUGCAUUUAUAGAUAUAGACACUUUAAAGUCCAUUGAUUUAAGUUAUGUUGGGCGUGAGCUUGGAGAUUCAGCCAUUGAGAUUAAGAAAAAUGUAGCAGAUUUCACAGGAGAGGACAGACUUGAUGUCCACACAUCACAUUUGACUGGCAACCAACACGAAGAAACAGAGGAUGAAGAUGAGAGUGAUUGAUGAAGUUGGACAAAUCACAACAAUGAAGAACGAAACAACGCAACGCCUCCAUCUGAUUACUGGUUCCAAUAAACAAACUUGUUACUGCUUUUUCUCAUUGCUGGUUCUGGACGUAUUUUGAUCUAAUGUGUCGUGUGUUUUCUUUCCUGUUUUUUUGUUAGUUAUGAAUCUUAUUUCGUCUGUAAUCUCUCAUAUAAGAUUCUAGUUUGUUUUUUUUUUAAUUGGAAGGUUUCAAUGCCAAAUUGUGAAUCAAUAUAGGUCCCAUUUGGCAUGAAAAAGGCAACUAACUAUCACUAUUGAUAUGGACAGUUAAUAUGAUCACUACUGUGCCAACAAGCAUUGUGGUGGAGAGGCAGUACUCUCUGAUCCUUAAUCAGAGGUCUCGCGUUCGAGCCCUACCAGAUAUAGAAUCGCCUAUGUAUGUCUUACUCCCAAUGUGAGACUUUCUGAAGUGAAUCUAACGAAAAAUGAUAAACAGGGUUAAAGGUUUGCAUAAACUAAAAUAUAUCAGCACUGUCCCAAAUCUGUACUUAUAUGUAACAAAGUAUCAUACUAUAAUUGUACAAUAAGAUGGAACAAAUUUGGGAAUGAAAAAAAUUCAAAA